AUGACGGAUUACAGGCUACACACCAUGAAUCACUGGACUCCAGAAGAAAACGCCUCCAUGAUGGAUGCCUUUAUCACCUCCGAUAUGACCUCCAUUUGGGGGGCUACUUCUCAUACCAAUACGCCGACCACCGCCCUUCCACCGGCCUCCUCAUCUGCUUCCACCUCCGCCAACGGUCCUCACAAGAUCCACAACGAAUUUAAUCAGGAUACUUUACAGCAAAGACUCCAGGGGUUAAUUGAUACGGCAAGGGAGUCAUGGACUUACGCUAUCUUCUGGCAGUCCUCCGUUGUCGAUUACACUGGUUCUCCGGUGUUAGGUUGGGGAGAUGGAUACUACAAGGGGGAGGUCAACAAACCUAAGACGAAACCGUCGGAGACUUCUUUGGCUGAGCAACAGUACCGGAAGAAAGUGCUCCGGGAGCUCAAUUCGUUGAUCUCCGGCUCACAGGCGCCGGAAAGCGAUGCUGUAGAUGAAGAAGUUACUGAUACAGAAUGGUUCUUCCUCAUAUCCAUGACGCAAUCGUUUGUCAACGGCAACGGACUUCCCGGUCAGGCGGCUUUCAGUAAUCAAUCGGUCUGGGUUGCCGGACGGGACCGGUUGAUGGCAUCUCACUGCGAACGAGCUCGUCAUGGUCAAGGUUUUGGACUGCAGACGAUUGUGUGUAUCCCUGCUACCGAUGGGGUCAUUGAAUUAGGUUCCACGGAGUUGAUUUUUCAGAAUUCAGAUGUGAUGAAGAAAGUUAGGCUUUCGUUUAAUUUCAAUAACGGCCCUGAUAUGAUGCAAAUCAACACAGAUCAGGCUGCCGGAGGUGAUAAUGAUCCGUCGUCGAUUUGGCUUACAGAUCCGGUAGCGUCAUCGACGGUGACUACCGAGGUCACGGCAAUCAAGGAUACCGUUGAUCGAAUUGGAUCUCAGACGACAAACGUCAUUCCAUCAAAUCAGGUUCCGAAACAUGUACCUUUUGAAAACCCUAGCUCCUUACCUGAAAACCCUAGAUCCGUUCAUGAUCGUGAUUCCGUACAAAAUCAAGGAUUUUUUGGAGGCAGGGAAUUGAAUUUCGGUGGCAGAAACGGGAACUCUUCAUAUAGUAAACCGGAAUCCGGCAAACUCCUGAAUUUCGGCGAGAGUAAGAGGAGUUCUACCAACAACGGAGGUUUCUUCUCCGGUCAGUCGCAGUUUAACGGAGGAGCAGAGGAGAAUAACAACAACAAUAACAAGAAGAAGAGAUCUCCGGCUUCGUGCGGCAGUAACGAAGACGGAAUGCUUUCUUUCAUCUCCGGCGUGCUUCCGUCAGCUAGUACCGUGAAAUCCGGUGGUGGCGUAUUAACCGGAGCGGAUUCUGACCACUCAGAUCUCGACGCUUCGGUGGUGAGAGAAGUGGAGAGUAGCAGAGUGGUGGAACCGGAAAAACGACCACGAAAACGAGGACGAAAACCGGCGAACGGCAGAGAAGAGCCGUUGAAUCACGUGGAAGCAGAGAGACAGAGGAGAGAGAAGCUAAACCAGCGUUUCUACGCCCUACGCGCCGUCGUCCCAAACGUCUCAAAAAUGGACAAAGCGUCCCUCCUCGGCGACGCCAUUUUAUACAUCAACGAACUCAAAUCAAAGCUGGAAAACACCCAAUGCGACAAAGAAGAACUCCGAAACCAACUGGAUGCAUUAAAGAAAGAAUUACUGAACAAAGACUCCCGGCAAUCAUCUUCCUCCGCCAUCUCCUUACCGGAAGACAUGAAAAUGUCGGGCCAAAUGGUGGAUUUGGACGUAGACGUGAAGGUCAUCGGUUGGGACGCCAUGAUUAGGAUCCAAUGUAACAAGAAAAGCCACCCUGCUGCCCGGCUAAUGGCGGCAUUGAAAGAUCUGGACUUAGAAGUGAACCAUGCGAGUGUGUCGGUGGUGAAUGAGUUGAUGAUCCAACAAGCCACGGUGAAAAUGGGUGGGCGGUUGUUUACUCAAGAUCAGCUCCGAUUGGCCUUAACAAACAGGUUUUCCAAUUAAUGGCUGAUUUUUUUGCGAGCUAGACUAGCAAUUCGAAUGUAAGAUAGUAAGUAAUUAGUCUUAAUUAAGUGUAUGUUUUAGUGUAAUCGUGUGUUAUAAAAAUGAGAACCUUAAACCGUUCUCUAUGUUAAAUCAAAUACAAUUUGAUUUGUUGGGUAAUUACAUGAUGAAUGGGAUCUGAAGGAGACAGAUAUGAUACCUGAUUUUUAUUUUUUUAUGAAUGAAUGUCUCAUUUUGGAGUAUAUGAAACAUGAUGUGUUUUAUAUG